ACCACCUCUCUCUCUCUCUCUCUCUAGAUAACGAAGCAUUCCACUUCCUCCUUCUUCCUCCUGCAAGAAAAUACCAACCCGGCAUUGCGAUCGCGCCGCGUCUGCUCCCGCCGGAUUCGCCGCGUCGGGGCUCGGCUCUGGCGAAGUGGGGGCCUCUCCCGAGACCAACUCCGGCGGAAAGCGACGAGCUUUUCGCCUUCCCAUUGCGGUUUGUCUGGUGGGUCGUGCUGGGUCGUCUUGUCGCCUUCCCUUUUUUCGAUCCAUUGGGACGUCAAAUCGGCAAAGUUUCGAUCUUUCUCUGUUGGGUUGUCUAGAAAGACGAGCCGGAGCUGCGCCCGAGUAGUGGGUGUGCUCGAGGGAUCGUCUCGAGGAGCUAUAUGCCUAUGCUGGUGGUUUCAAUCGGUGCAUUCGUUUGAUUUUUUAUACCGAUUCUGUAUUGUGUAAUUAUCGCCUCGGCCGUUUGAUUAUUCCCCAAUUGAUGUUAGGCAUUGAUAUAAGGAGGCUUCUCAAUCUCCAGGCUUUUUCGUGUUGUGGGUUAUCUUGAUAGUUGAGUAUUGCAUUGUGUUAUUUCAUUGAAAGGGUCGCAUUUAUCGGUUGUAUCCAAACCGGGGAAUGAGCAAGUUACUGUUUUUGAUGGUUGAUUUAGGUAUCUAUUCCUCCAGGGAAAGAGGGUUUUGGCCCUGAGGGUGGAAAAGCUAUCUCUUUUCCUUCAGGUUUCAUGGAAAUAUGUGAGUGUAGCAACUUCUUGGUAAGCACUCAGGCAAAAGGGAGAAUCGGUUUGGUUGAAUUUGGGUAGUUUCAUUCGCCGUGGUAGGGAAAGCCCAGAAUGGAUUUCUGGGUAUUUGUAGCGGCGGCUGGUGCCGGUUGCUUGACUAAGUAUUUGAAGAACACUCCGAAUGGUAGGGAAUUGCCGGCAGACCUUUGUUCGAGCUGCAAGGACCCCGAAUCUCAGAAGUAUCUCGUUCGCAGAUUAGCACGGGGAAAGAAAUUAGCCAGAGAUGCUUCUAAUUCUAUGGAAAGGUUAGAAUUUGUGGGCAGAGAAAGUUUAGAUGCUUCUUCUGCUGCAGAAGAGGCUUCUGGAUCGAGGGUAUAUGAUCCAAAAAGUGACGGAAAUUCAGAGGAGUGCAUACUCUCUAUAUCAACUUUGCCUACUGAGAUGUCAAGUAGUGAGACUUAUACAAGGAAUGAGAAUGAGAGUGAUGCUGGUUGUAGUGACUGUAGUGGCUCAAAUGAUAUGUUGGCUGGACCAUCUGAAGGAGAUAUUGUUACUUAUUGUGGCUUUGCUAGGAGUAAGAGCCUUAAUAGAUAUAAAUAUACGCGCGGGCGACUAGUUAAGCCAUUGAGUUCCUUGGAAAGUUGCCUCAUGGCUCAGUUAUACAACCAUCACGCUGAAAUGGAAGAUUAUUGGCAUGGUUCCCCUCAGUCACCAACCUCUCCCAUCGUAAGGCCAUUGCUGGUCACUGAUGGGAGCCGCAUCAUCAGCCGACUCGGUGAUGGGUUUUCCGGAGUGCAGUCUGCAACGGAGGUAGAUAAAUUACAGAAGAAACCAAGUCAGAAAAGAACAGAAGCGUGGUUGGCGUACCCCCGUUACCGAAACUCACCGCUUUGCAUUUCAGGAAGCAAAUGCAAAGUACAUCAGGGAAAGACAAGAGGUCGGGAAGCUCUAUCAGAAUGUUUACUGGGCAAAAGCUUUCUUCCUGAACAUGGGUCAUUGCAUGGGUCCAUUCUCUUCUGCCUUGGAAUUUCUAUUGGCGUCAUGUCUUCCAUUAUAGCCAAUCAAAAGGAAAUUGAGAAAUUGAAGGAUUUGUUGAAGCAAACAGAGAACUUGGUUCAGGACCUACAGGAGGAACUUGAGAUGAAAGAUUCACUUACUGUGAAGGAACUAGCCAGUGAGAAUUAUGAAUCUCAGGAUACGCAUAUUGACUCCUUACGAGACACUGCUCCAACACCAUUCUCCCUUGAACACUCUGUGAUUGAUCGAAGAGUUUGUACUAAAGAAUCAUAUAGUCCUAAGGUAGAAGAGACUCCAGAUAGUAUGAGCAAAAUUGAAGCUGAACUUGAAGCUGAACUUGAGAGGCUGGGGCUGAACAUGAACAUAGCUGGAUUGGAAAGGAGAUUGUCCAGUGCCGAGCUUGAGGACUUGGGGGAGCAUUUUGCCCAAGGCGAGUUGAGAACCGGUAUAGAUUGUGCACAAGCUUUUGCAAAAGAGGAUGCGAAUGAAUCAAGCAGCACCUCUACAACUCACUCUGCAAACUAUGCAGUUUCGCCAACAGAGCUGACCCUUCGCUUGCAUGAAGUCAUCCAGUCAAGACUUGAAAACCGCAUUCAGGAGCUUGAGUUAGCCCUAGAGAACAGCCAGAGGAAGGUACGGCUCAUGGAAUCGGCACACAAAAGUUACAGAAGCCCAAAGACGAACAACCACCAACUAGCUUCCUCUCUCCAUGGUACUCCUGUACAUGGAGACAGCAAUGCUGUGGCGCGGCCCCAGCCUCUUAUCAUGAGCUUAGCGGGUGAAGCUCUCAGUGCUUAUGACGAGGCUUGUGAAGAAUUAAUGAAGUUCGACUCCUCUGAAGAGGAUUCGCCGUCGGGCCUCUAUGAGAUCAAUCAUCAAGACAUCUCUAAGAUUAUAAAGCAGGAUGAGGUCCGGGAUCAGAACGCUGAGGAGAAUGGGUUCAUUCAAAAGCUUACGCCAAAUGGACAGGACGAAUCUGUGGAAACUUUAUCUCGUGAAGAGAAGCUAACGAACGGGCAUCUUUCAAGGUACCAGGAAAUCGACAGUUUUGGGAUGGCGGGCGACGAAAGCAGCGACGCCGACGACGAGAAAGAGAAGAUGUUAAUAAGACAGAUAGUGGAAAGGACGAAGAAAGGCCGCCCCGUCGUUUUAAAGGCGCAAACACUGUUGUUUUCGGAUGACAAUGAUGACUAAUGAAGUGAGUUUGAUUUCUGUAGUGCAGAGCAAUUGAUCAUAUGUAGGAAUAGCAGAUUCUCAUGCAGUAGCUCUUGAGUUUAAUUCA